AUGAGAAAAUUUCAGGUAAUGAAAAUCUUAUUACUCUCUGUGACAUUAUCAGUGGUCGUGUUGGAAGGUGAGAAAAUAACUCGAGAAAAUAUGCCUGCGGCAAAAUAUUAUGAUGGAAAGAAAUUCGUUAUACCAAUUGCACAUAAAACGAUGGAAGAUAUUCGCGAUCGAUGGUUGCAGCAAGCAAUGAGUGGAUUAAUAACUGGAGUUUCGCUAAAAAAGUUAGGCAAAUCGAAGAAUGAAUGGCAAGUUUUUUCGUCGAAUAAGCAUCACAAUCAACCGAACGGAGAUGAAUGGAUUGGCGGCUUUCAUGUUUCUCGAGCAAAACGUUCCGACAAUAGAAAAGCCAAUAUCAUUUCACAAAAUAAUUAUAAAUUGUUGACAGAGAAUACGAACCGUUCACCAUUUGGAUUUAUUGCUCAAUUUUUGAAGAAAAAUAUGCAAUACAUAAAGAAAAAAACUGAUUCGAAACCUUGGUUUGCUGUAGUCGCAGAAGCUAAACAGCUAGAAGCAGAAUUGAAAAAGCACGAUGCAUUGAAAAGAGGCUUAAGGCGAAAAUUAAAGCUGUUGUCCGAAGCUCGAACUAAGGAAUUAUCUUUGGAUGAGAGGCGCGAAUUGAAUAAUCCAGAUAUAUUACCGAUGGAGGGGGAUUUCGAAAAUAUGCCAUUGGUUAUAGAAGAUAAACUUCGCGCUAAUGGGAAAUCGGGAAAUAUUAAAGAACUAAUGAAACUAGCACGGCAAGGCAUAUCACUCGGCAUGUCAUUAGCAGGAAAAAAUACAACCAGUUUUGGCAAGAAAGUGCUUAGAGUAGGAUCACCGCGAUUCUUUUCUCUCGUACCUGAUGAUGAUUCUGAUGAUACCGUAAAUCUCCUCUCACCAUCAUUAUUAAAUAUGCAUGACAAGGGGAACGAUGCCGAAAAUUUAGUCAGUAUUCCCAAAUUACUGAAAACUUUACGAUCAUCCAAAUUUAAAGAUCAUGAAGAUUUGUUGAAUUUGAUUUUUGAAGCGAGCGGGAUUAGCGAUCAUUUGAAGAAGGCAAAGAUAAAAAAUAUCUGCCUUAAUUUCAACUGUCUUCGAUUCGUGAAUUUUUGCCACACUGUACAAAUGCCUUUAUUGAUGUUUAAGGAAAAAUUACAAGCAGAAAACUUGAAAAAUGCCAGAGGUAUCGACGGUCAACCAUUGUAUUUCACGAAAGAAAAUGUCACCGAGAUGUUCGGUGAUUUCGAAAAACACAAAAUUGAAACUUUCGAAAAAUUGCACAAAACGUUUACUAACCAACAGAAAGCUGACUUGAACGAUACAGGAUUGACGACAUUAACUCGCGAGCAAUUAUUCCUUAUCUAUGGUAAAGAUUCACCUUAUCAAGAUUUGGCGACUCUUCAUAGAUUGACAAACAUAACGAAUGAUGACCAUCUUCAAAAACUCAUAAUGGACGACAUACAUGCGAUAGCGAAAUCUAAGAAUAUUGCUGUUAAAAAAGGAGACCGGCAUAAAAGGCAAGUAGUCCUUUCACCUGCUGCUUUGAGUGUUAGCGUUCUUAGAGUCAGCAGAAUGACGCCAGUAAUUCUUUCGCCAGCUGUGCUGAGUCCUUCUGUUCUUAGUCCUUCCAUUCUUGGCCCAGUGAUUCUUAGUCCGGGGCUUUUCAACCCCAGCUUUUUAUCUCCCAGGCUUCUAGGUCCUGUUAUUCUCAGUCCCGGAGGCUUUGGUCCUUUAAUAUUAAGUCCCGUGGCUCUAAGUCCAGCAGUGCUAUCGCCUGGAAUCUUUGGUCCUGCGGUACUCAGUCCAACAGCUUUAAAUCCAUCCGCUUUAAAUCCAGGUUUUGGAUCACCUGCUGUCCUUUCACCCUUUAUUCUUAAUCCUGGUUUACUCAAUCCCUCUGCAUUAUCUCCACUUGUUUUAAGCCCAUUUGCUUUCUCACCUUCUAUAUUAUCGCCAUCAUUCUUUUCUGCUGUUAUUCUCAGUCCAAAUGCUUUUUCACCUGGCAUUGCUUCGCCAUCACAAAAUGUAACCGUUUUAUUUUCGCCGUCGUUUUUUAGUUAA